UAAGAAGAAGCCAGAAAUGGUUUUCACCAACGCUUUGUAUUUGAAUUUGUUUUGUGUAGUGUGAUUACAUUCGACGUUAAUACCUGAUAUUUUGAUAACAAAAUGGACGGAGCACAAAAAUAUAAACUAAUAACCUGCGUUGAUCCCACUAAAAUCAAUGUACCUAUAAGAAAUAGAUUUGCAAAACUUACACUGUCAAAUAAAAAGAAACAACAGGACACAUUAAAAACGUGUGAAGAAUGCAUUCCAGGUGAUGUGGAGCCAAUAAAACGAGUUAGUCGCAAUCUUUUAGAAAUCAUGGAUGAUCUAGCUCCUGGCAGUUCCAAGACUAUCGCAGUACAUAAAAGUGUUACUUCUGCAUCCACUUUGUCCAAUUUAACCGAAUUUUCUGCAACGGAUGGGAAGAGUGAAAAUCUUGACACUGAGAAUGGUUACUUACAUGGAAAUAUUGGAGUAGCUUCCACAAUUUCCGACAUUCCUCACUAUGUUAAUCCCCUGUUGCUUAGUGAUAGCAAUGGAAGUAAAGCAAACGAACAUGAUUCUUUAAAUAAUGAUAUAUCAAUGAAGAAUACCGAUGAUAUGCAACCUUUACAAGUGAGUGACUAUAAUCACACGACUGCAGAGUAUUUACGGGAAUAUAAUAUAUCGACACUAACAAACGACCUUUCAAAAAUGGCCGUGAGUGCGGAGCAGUUAACAGAUAUUGAAAAUGAUGGAAUUAUUAAAGAAACUACGUUAUUGGUUUCUACAGAGAGUCAGCGAAUGAGUUGUGACUUGGAACAACAUAAACUGCAGAUAAGCAAAAUAAAUUCCCGAGACGAUAGUUGCAGUGCCAUAACCAUAAGUGAUAGCACUGUUUCUGAAUGUACGGAUUUCAACUUUAUGACAUCUGAUAUACCUGAAAGUAGUCAUUCUGCUGAUGCCUUCAUUCCAAAUACAUUUAGUAACGAAAAAGCAGAUCGGAUGGAAGCAUUUUUACGAGAUGUUUCGCAGCAGCGCAGAGAAUUAGAAGACAAUCACAAAAUUAUGGAAGAUAAUUUUAACUCUUUAAGAUAUGUUGCUGCAGUUACUCCUGAAAAUAAUAUUGAAAUAAAUAAUGCCUACCAAAUUCAUGGUGAUUUGGCGUAUGCGGCCACAGAAUCCAUGACUUCUAUUGCAAGCGACCUGCUAGAUAGAGAUGAAUAUGUCAGAAUUUCGAAAACAAUUGUUCAGGCAGACUCAUUUUUGAAAAAUGACACUUUAUCAAUGAGCAAAAUAAAAACAGAAGAAUUUUCAAUUCAUAGUGAAAGGGAAAGAAGUGCUGGAGGAGACCCCCGACGUCUAGCUCAUGAAGAAACUGAGUUAAACUCGCCUAUGUUAAAGGAGGAAGAAAACAAUUCGAUAGUGUGUAGUGAAAAAAGUUCCAUUUCCCAUAUUAGUAACGUCGAUUUGCCCGAAGAUUCAGUUAUUAUAUCUGAGACGUCCAGCGAAGAUAUGAAUAUUCCUUCAGUCAACACUAGCAAUAGUAGCGGUAAAUGUAAUCGAACUGAUGAGCAGAACCAAUCAUCACCACCGCCAAUAAGUAUCGGUAAUAUAAAUAUUUCUGCCAAGAUUAAUAUAAAAAUUUCAAUUUCUCAAUUGGAAAGUCUGGAAGAUGAAAGUGUCAAUAACGAUAGCAAUAGUGAAGAAGAAUGUAAUAGAGUUAAUGAAAAUAGUAAAAAUGUAACAACAACCGUAUUGGCAUCUAAAGAUCAAGCAUUUGACACACCGUGCAAUGAGCAAAAGCAACAUAAAAGUAGCACAAAUCCAUCCGACUCCAUUGUAAAUAGUAAUAAUAACGAAGAAAAUUCGGAUGAAGAAGAACCAGAUGUGAAUUUUCUAACUCACGCUGAAAGACUUCUCACCCAAGUAUACGGGAAAGCAUGGAAAACACCAGAAGUAAUACGCACUCUGAAACGUACCAGCCGCACUCCAAAAAAAAUGGACUCUACACAAUCACCACAAACAUCUAACAAACAGUCUUCAUUUAAGGAAACAGAAUCAGAAUCGCAUAAUUUGGUCAACACUACUGGCAGAAACAAGAUGAAUCAAAGUGUGGUAGAAAGCGCCCUCGAUGAUUUUUCAAUUUUUCGUCGCGAUAUUGUUCAAACAAAUUUGGACUCUACUCGUUAUAUGACCCCUAAUUUACAUAAGGAUCAAGUUACAUCCGCUCAAGAUAAAAAUUUUAAUAGCGAACCACGUUUUAAUAGGCAGCGAAAAGAACAUCAGGGGCAAGACUUUAAAUUACCAAUAACCGAAGUAAAAAGUAAAUGUCCAACGAUAAAACGACAACAAAAUAUUGUGGCAGCAGCUGAACGUUGGCGUCAAUUGGUCGAUGUAGAUAGCGGUACGUCUGGGGACAAUGCUUCUGAUGACGAAACAUUAGAUAAAACGCCAACACACGAUGAUUCGCCUAAUCUCAAUAUGAAGAAUAAAUCUGAUGAAUGGAGCCCACCGUCUGAUCAAAGCGAUGACAGUGACUAUGAAAUCUCACAACCCAAAAAAGGCUCCAAAGGAAACGCUACAAAAGAACAAAGUAAGAAGUCAACUAAAACUAAAGAUGCGAGUGAUUCUACAAUAUCUCGUCGUGUGAAAACGAAGAAAAAAGAUGAUAUAAUUUACUUAGAUUUAUCUAAAGAUGAAGUAACCAUACAAGAAGGUGAAACAAAUUCUCCAUUGGCAAAUAAUGAUGCGAAUUUUAAUACCCAUUUGCAAAAUAUUUUGAGGACUUGCAAAGCGACCGACAGGGCAAAAAUAGCAGCCACUCCAACGACUGGUGGAAAAUCAAAACGAAAGUUAUUCACUGCAAAUUUUGGAGAAGAAGAUGUUGACUUAACCAUUGGCGUGGACGGGGUCCAACCGCGAACUCCUGUUAGACGUGUUCCAACAACUGAUGAGGAAAUACUUUCACACGAUAUGGAACGAGUAAAUAUAAGAGAUGGUCUAGAAAACUUUGAAAUAUUUAAUAAACAUUUGGAAGCAAUAAAACGCGGAAGUCCUGUUUUCAAUAUGACUCCAGAAAAGUCAACUGACUCUCCUAAUCAAACGAAACCUUCAAAAAUAUUGAGGGAGAGAAAUAAGAUUUCAGAACAAAUGUUCCCUACACUUAAAAACAAAUACGGCUUUCUUAAAUCCCUUGAUGUAUGUGUGGCCAAAUCUCUUUGUGAUCCAAAAGCGCUAUUUUACCGCGAGAAUUAUCGUACAAAGAAGGAAGAACUGGCAAAUUUGCUCUACGAACUCUAUAAUGAGAAAUUAUUUCAAAAUAAACUAGAAGUGCCACUUCAAUGGAAUAAGAAACUGUGCAAUACAGCUGGAAGGUGUUUAAAUAAGAAAAAAAUGGGCACCUGUCUCUUAUACACAUCUAGAUGUGUAUAA